CUUCUCCAGGACCUCGUGUAAAGAAAAUGUUCGCGCGCUUCCGGUUUCACCUUCCUAUUUGAUUACCAUGGCGACUGUAGGGCCGUUCUGCGCGCCGGAGGGAUCAUUUCUAUGACUCAAACGCGGGAAGUUGCAAGGUCGGUGUCUCCAGACGCCCGCUUCGGAUAAAAAAGGCGGGUUUUUCAAUGGCGGGCCGUCGAGGUGCUUUGAUUGUCCUGGAGGGAGUUGACCGAGCAGGCAAAAGCACACAGAGCCGAAAGCUCGUGGAGGCCCUCCGGGCAGGGGGGCACCAGGCCGAACUUCUCAGAUUUCCCGAAAGAUCAACAGAAACUGGACAGCUAAUAAGUUCUUACUUGGAAAAGAAAAACAACUUGGAGGAUCACACAGUGCAUCUACUGUUUUCUGCUAAUCGUUGGGAGCAAGUGCCAUCUAUUAAAGAAAAAUUAAGCCAAGGUAUCACUCUAAUAGUGGACAGAUAUGCCUUUUCUGGAGCAGCCUUUACAGGUGCAAAAGAAAACUUCUCUUUGGAAUGGUGUAAGCAACCAGAUGUGGGGCUUCCAAAGCCAGAUUUGAUACUUUUUCUUCAAUUGAGCACAUCGGAAGCAGCCAAACGGGGAGAAUUUGGAAACGAACGCUACGAGAAUACGUCUUUUCAGGAGAAAGUUCUACAGUGCUUUUACCAUUUGAUAAAAGAUAAAUCUUUAAACUGGAAGUUGAUUGAUGCUUCAAAGAGUAUAGAAGAUUUGCACAAAGAAAUUAAAUCCUUUGCAGAAGAGGCUAUGCAAGAAGCUCAGCACAAGCCUGUCGGAGAACUGUGGAAAUGAAAUUUACUUAACUUCUAAAAGACAGGGCUUAUAUAAUCACAUUCUGAACUAUUUGCAUUCACAUAUUUGGUGAACCAGUGUUUCUGUAUCUAUAUUUGAGAGGCCAUGCAGGUUUCAUUUGCUAAUCUUUACUAUUUAUUAGUUCCAUUCCUCUACAGACUGGAGUUUUAGAAGAGUGAAGCUUCUCCUUUCGUUAGAAAGCAAUUUUGCUGGGACUCACAUCUGGAAAAAAAAUGCAUGAAUAGAGUAAUAUCUUCUAUAUUCCUUGUAGAUAAGACUCGAUAUGUUCAAUACUAUAGUUUUUCUAUAAAGAUAUAGAAUAAAAUCGUGUGUAUGAGUGCAUUAACUUUUUCUCAUUAUAGUAAGGUUUUAAUGUGUGUGUAAUAUUCCAUUUAUAAUAUGUAGAGUAAGUAAAUCAAUAAAAUAUUUCCUGCAUGUUUGGCUAAUGACAUUUAAUAACUUGAGGUAUCAACAAUAUGAAUGGGUGUGGGUGUGUGGGGGGGUGUAGAUUCUAAAGGAAGUUUGAUGCCACUGAUGUAACAGCUUAAAAUAGUGUCUGUAUGUAUAGAGGCUGCUAAUAAUUCUCCAAACUGACAAAGACUGUCUCAAGCAUUGUAUGAAGACAACCAGGUUAGUCUUUGGAAGACAAAAAUCUGGUAGCAUCAUUUUAAAUUAACAUUUUAUUCUAUUGUAUAUUGAAUUAGAGCAAAAUAAUAAACUUACUUUAUCCCAAAUGAUAAAACUUUUGUCAGGAAUAUCUAUUGGAAGAGUUUGAAAUAGAUCAAUUUUGGGAAUAAUAUCUUAAUUGCUGAUAUAUGGCCUAAAAUAAUUUAUGUUCCACCUUUUUAUAUUCUUAUUUUAUUCCAAGCAAAGCCAUAAUUAUUAUUGAACAACUUAUUUAAAAUUUUUAAUAUGUUAAUUCUUAUAUUUGUGUUUUCUUACAUUUUCUGUGAUUGAUUUUAUAUUCAAAUGGAAUUUCUAAAAUGGAUAUAAUUUUUCCUUACGUGAAUAUGAGUGCGAUACUAUUAUAGUUUUAAAAUUGUUAGAUUUAAGUAAAUGCUUGGUUUUUUUUAUUAAACAGGCAGGAAUAUGUUGCAUUACAGAGGAUUAUAAUAAUUAGCGAUUAGUUUCAAUAAUUUCCCCCUCUAUUUUAAUUCCUUGAAUUUUAUUAUUCACACAUAAUGCAACCAAACAGAUGCUGAAUAUAGAUUGAAGCAAUAGUAAUUUGUAAAUUAUCUAACUCUUUAAUAAACACAAAUCCCCCCCAAAAUUAUCUUUAAAACUGCCCUAUAAGCUUCUUGUGGCAUAACGGUUGAAGUGAGAUAACCUAAUUAGAGGUAGUCCUCGAGUUACACUCACAAUUGAGCCCAAAAUUUAUGUUGCUAAGUGAAACAACAGUAAAGUGAGUUUUGUCCCAUUUUACAACCUUGCCAGUUGUU